AUGCCACAGAGAACAACACUUUAUGUCAUACACAUGCCAUACACGCUAAAAGAGUACAACAUCGGGCAUCUUCUGACCACCUGCAAGGUGAGCGAGAGAGAGGCAAACAACGGAAUGCGCGUUUCUGUUCUUGAAAACAAACACAUGGACUCUUCAGAAGAGGGAGGCCCGUGCCAGUACACAUCAAAGGUAAUUGAUUUUUCCAAAAAAGUGCCUUCCUUCUUCAGAGCCAUGGCGCCCUCGGGGUCUCUGACUAUGAGCGAAAUAUCGCACAACGCGUUCCCAGUCUGCAAAACUGUGUACACAAGCGGUGCUCUCUCUGAAAAAAAGUUUAAAGCAAAAAUAGACACGCUUUUCUUUGAGGGGUACAAGGCCCCGGUGGAUCCCUUUACAGACGGAGUAGUCUCUGAAAACUGCGAAACUCUUGAUCUGAUACACGGGCCACAGAUGGCAGAAGGCAUUGAUCUGGCAGAGCUGAAAGACGAUAAGGGAAACCCGAUGUUUUUGAAGGACUGGGAGAAGUCGCAGAGUUCUGUGAUGACUGUGUUUAAGCGCGUUCAGCUGGACUUCCACGUGCCCAUUUUUGGAAAACGGUACAUCGAAGACAUAGAAAAGUUUAUGCGAAAGAUCUUCAUACAGGGACACCAGGAGGUGAUUAAGUACCACAAAGAGUGGAAAAACAUGACCAUGGAACAGGUGCGCGCUGAGGAGGAGAAGGUGAAAAAAGAGCUGGACGAAAAAUACCCGCCAAAGAACAAGUAG